AUGACGCGCACUGUUGCGGUAGCUUUUGUUUUAGUGCAUAUUUUCAGUGUGUUCGCUGAAGAAAAUCCACGGGAGGAGAAAGAAAAUAUCAGCAGCGACAGGAGCCAAUAUGGCAGAGCAUUAGCCAGAGACUGUGACAAAAUCUACUCUACCACCUGCCUGAAGCUAGACGUGAUCUCCUGGGUGGACAAGUUGAGCGAAGCUGAAAACUACACGGUGAUUCCCGGAGUUUCAAUAGUUCGGGAAAAUGCCACCAGGGCUCCAAACACCGCUGAGAUCGUAGCAGAUCUAGCAAGGGAUUUUCCUGGAGAUCCUGAAGCAAGGCUGGACGUUUUUCUCAUGAGGAAAGUCCAAGGAUUCUUGGGUAGUCAUGUAGUCAAGGUCAAUCUUCUUGGAGAGGAGAGUACUGACAUGGCACGUAAAGGAGGCGGCGGUGGUGGUGGUGGAGGCAAAAAGGGAGGUGGAGGCAUGGGAUACAUCCUUGCAGCAGCCGCCAUGAUGAAGGGAACCAUGAUGGCAUUAGCUCUGGGUGGUCUAGCGGCCAUGGCAGGCAAGGCUCUGAUGACUGGCAUGAUCUCGCUGAUGCUCUCGGCCAUCAUCGGACUCAAAUCGUUGUCUUCGGGAGGCCAGAAGACGACCUACGAAGUGAUAGCCAAGCCUCAUUAUACUCAGGCUCAGAGUUAUUCGACUUCGCAUGAAGAUUAUGCUGCUGCAGGACAUGGUGGCGGUCAUUCUGGAUACGGAAGGAGUUUUGACCUGCCAUUGCCUCUGAGCCUACAGCCUGGGUAUGCGCCUCAGUAG